GAGACAGAAAAUACUCGGAUCAGCAGGAAAAUGACCGGUCAUGCGCCGCUUACCAGCUACGUAAGUGUCAACAAAUUGCACAUUUCCCACUGGUACCCGCAAUGAUUGGGUCCAAUCAAUAUAGUUGGAGCAGGCAUUGGUAACCAACGGAAUGACCUUCGAACUUCUUGCUGUCUACGUCGUCCGUGUAAAAAAAAUAAAUGUACGACGACCGUCACAGUGGCGCGAGCGCUGGAAGCUCGCCUGGAAUUCGCGGAAUUUCUUUCCGGCGAGUUGGUAGAUCUGGCCUGGUCGCAUUCCGGUCUGUUCCGCCAGACAAAAAGAGACGUCUGCGUUUGUAGGGAUCGCCUCUGCUGAAAAAGGAACCGUAGGCAUGCCUUCGGAAGUAGACCUGCAUGACCACUGUCAAGCCUGCUAUGACAGUCGGUGCAACAUGCGCCUUCCAGCUUGUAGUAUCGUUCCGUGUGAGCUGGACUGUGGGGCCCGGUUCCAUGCCUGCAAGCAGGCCGAGCACAGCCUGCUGUGUGGCAACGAGAAGGUGGCCUGCAUCAACGCAGGCUACGGCUGCCCGCUGCAUGUGCUGAGGUCGCAAAUGUCACGUCACCUAGCCGGCUGCCCAGCCAGCCUGGUCCACUGCACCAUGGAAUGGAACCGCUGGCCUGUCUGCUCCAGUGAGCGCCAAUCCCACCAACCCGUCCAGGUCCUGCUGGACGUGAACCGCGAGCAGCUGGACAUGGCCCUGGCGCUGCGUGACCAGCGUAUGCUGACUCGCUCCAUGCGAGCCUCAGUCCGUACCCGCAAGAUCCUGACUAACAACCUGAACAGACGGCACCCAGCCGUACCUCUGGCUGACCAGCUGACCGUCAGCAAUGGCAGCACGGUUAAGGAGUUUGACGAGCAGCGGGAGCUGGAAAAUCUGCUACAGGACAUGCACCAGUGGGAGAAUGCAACUGAGAGAAAGAGAUCCCGCAGCCCCGCCGGCCUGCGCCAGAGCAUCUGCGAUGAGCUCUACCGCGCCAGCCAGGAGACGGUGCAGCAGCUGUCCACAGCAAUCCAUGCCAUGACUGGUGACAGCCACCCUCCCUCAGAAAAGGCGGACUUCAGUUUAGGGAAAAGCACCUAUCCGUACAUUCACUGCGCACACUGCGAGAGGCGGAAGGAACGCAUGGAGCGACUUCUAGACUCCCACAAUGCAAUGAAAGACUGUGGUGAGGAUAGCCAAAGUCUGGAGGGCAGAAAACCGAGUACGGAAAAAAAUGCCGCACCAGGUGAUUGCCAUGACGAAAGUGUGCAUCUCAGGGUCAUCAAGGAUACGUUACUAGGGGCUACAUGUACAAAUGAGGAAGAGCAGUUGCACAGACCAGGUCAGAUCUCAUCUCCAUCCAGUCGAGAUGUCCAGCAAGGUUACAGGAGUAGCUCCAGCAGCAGUGAAGGCAGCCUAAAUGAUGUGCCCAUGCCGGCCCUCUUUGUCACUCCCUCCACGACCGGCGAAGUGUCAGCAGCGCCAGGGAGGGGUCACUCCAAAAUACUUGUGGUUGAGCCUCCUAAGAUGAUACCAGGGUCUGGUGUAGCCUCCUUUCCAGUCACCAACUCUGAUUCGCCAAUGCAGGCAUCACUGAGUCUAGACCUGUCAUUGGAGUCUAUUACAAGGUACCAGGCAAAGCCAGACUCAAUGUACACCUUCCUCUGUGCACAGGUAUUUCGAAGGGACGAGUUUGCAUCUCACUUCCAGAAUGUCCACAGCGACAUCCAUGGCGGCCUGAACGGCUGGCUGGAGCAGCGCUGCCCGCUUGCACCCUACGGUUGUACCUACUCACAGCGCCGUUUCUUCCCUGGAGAGAGAAAGGCCAGGAUCGUGCAUCACGAGCACCUGGAGAGCUUUGGGGUACGGGUGGACGGUAAAGGUAGCAGCCGGCUGGCCGAGUCGGAAGACCACAGUGAGGUUGAUGCAGAUGCGAUGAUGGAAAUGGAAUGGGUGUCCGAGGCUGUUUCUUCAUAUGGCAAGGACGAAACCAGCCUAAUGAAGGAAAAUUUGAAAUACAGUGAAGAUAAAACAGACGCUGCUGUGACAAAUCAAUCAGAUAGUUUUCCCAAGGCAGGUGGGCUCACAGAGGAAUCCGGCGUUGAGUCAAAGAAAAUGGACCAGGAUGCCAAUUUGAUCAUUGAGAAUCAGGCUAGCCUAUCAGACAUCUCCUUACACACAAUGGACCAAUCAGGGAGGAGCUUAGGAAACUGCAAUGAUGCUCGUCUUAAUGAGUCAAUUGUAAAUCACCUGGAAGGUCCAAAACCGGACACCCAAAUCAGCACUGAAAACACGCCAGAAGUGCAAGGGUCACAUGACUCUUUAGACACAGACCAGACACCCGACCAAUUAGCAGUACCAUCUCAGAGUCCAAGUAGCCAAUCAGAGCUCCCUUUGGAGCCAGACCACCUCAGCCAGCUGCCCUUGGAGCUCCUACGGUACCUGACCCGGUUCCUAGACGCCUUUAGCCUGUGCAACCUGUCGCUCACCUCCAAGCUGUUGCGGCAAAUCUGCUGCAGUGUGCUGGAGGAGCGGGGAAUGGUGCUGCUGCAGUGGGAGAAGGUGAACGGACGAUGGGAUGUAGCCUAUCGGGUGUGGCAUUUCAGCACAGCGUUCACACCCGUCCUGCACUGGGGGUUUGAGGACCACCCUAGCCUGGCCGUACACCUGGCCAAGUGCCCCUACAACGUUCAGCUGCAGCAGUCGGACCCUAUCUGUGUCAUGAUCAAACUGCCGGAGACUGCGGCCACAGCCUCACUGUCCAAUGGCAAGGGCAAGCAAGAUGGCGAGGCAGCCGAGGCUGAACAUGAGCAAGGCCAGCUUGACAGCGACACCAUAGAUUCAGAAAUUCAAGAGGUCGAAUAGGUGAGGCCUCUGUUCGUCUGGAAAUUCUUUAUGAUGAUUUUAAAGUAUGUGCAUAUACUUGACCCAACUAGUCAAGGUGUUAUUUUCCAAUUUGAAGUGCAGAUACGGAAAAUUAAUGUAGGCACUGUGCAAUUUAUGUGAAUUAAAAACCCAGUGCAUUAUUGAAUUGCAACAAUGUCUUAAAAAUUAGGAGCCUCAAACAAUAUUCUUCAAUGACUUCCCGUCAGGAUUAUCGAUUUUUAAAAAAACCGUCGUCAGAUUCUGGAUUACUUUGGCCAAAACCUCCAGGAAAUCAUUAUGGGAUUUGGGAUGACUUUUUCUGCAACUACAUGUAUGUUCUUUGAACACUCAGGCUUAGUUUGGGCGGCUUGUUCUCGUACGUUCACGAACAGCUCGAUUCGUUGUUCGUGGGUUGGCGGCUUGAAUGCUGGGAACAAACAACCGGUUAUUGCUGCUGGCAGUUAAUGGCAAGCAACAUGCUCAUGGUGGUGUCCAUGUACUUAAUUCGAGAGUUAAUGUUUGGAUAACUGGGCUGAAUUCUUUUCUAUUUAAACAGAAGCAUUCAUUUCUGUGUUA